CUUGUCCUCCGCCAGUGUGGAUAGACUUCUCUGUUGUGCUAGGAGCUGGAAAAAGCAAAUUGUUGAGGCCCUCUGCUCUGUUGACUUAAAUAAUGACGUUUGAGUCCUCCUUCUAGUUGGUCGCCCUGCCCUGGGUUUUGCGGCGCCCGUGGGGACGGGGAAAUGCUCACAAGAGCUGGACGGCCCUGGUCUGAGAGCGGCGUGUGGAGCAGAGCAGCAGAGGGGAUGCUUCUGUCCUGCCCAUCUCCUCCUUCCCCAUGUCCUUCAGGGGCUCUCCCAUCCCGGCUGGGACUUUGGCAUCUUCUCAGGCAGCUCGUUGCUUCUCUCCUACCUGCAUUUGCUUCCGGGGGUCCAAUCCACUUUCCACGGAGCUCCCCUUCUCCUCUGCCUCGCAGCCUGCUUUAGACGGUCCCUGUUUCCUUUUCAGCCUCGGACUGUCCUCUGGGAAACUAAAGUUCUGCAGGAGGCCGAGCCACUGUCCUCUGGGAAACUAAAGUUCUGCAGGAGGCCGAGCCGCUCCUCCCUCGGAACGCCAAAGCCAGAAAAUUACCUGUGAAGCCCCCGUCUGAGGCCUCCUCAUGGCCGAGUGGAACGAGUGGAACGUGACGUCGUUGGUGGCCGAGGAGACCACCAACGCCUCCGCCGGGGGGAACGCCUCGGAGGGCGGCCUGCAGCGGCACAUCCCCGCCGUGCACUGGGUGAUCAUGAGCCUCUCGCCGCUGGGCUGCGUGGAAAACGGGGUUCUGCUCUGGUUCCUUUGCUUCCGCAUGAGAAGAAACCCCUUCACCGUCUACAUCACCCACUUGUCCAUCGCCGACAUCUCCUUGCUCUUCUGUAUUUUGAUCCUGUCGAUUGACUAUGCUUUAGGUUUCAGGCUCUCUUCUGGCCAUUACUACACCAAUGUCACGUUGUCGGUGACGUUCCUGUUUGGCUACAACACGGGCCUCUAUCUGCUGACGGCCAUCAGUGUGGAGAGGUGCCUGUCGGUCCUCUACCCCAUCUGGUACCGGUGCCACCGGCCCAAGCACCAGUCGGCAUUUGUCUGCGCCCUCCUGUGGGCGCUCUCUUGCCUCGUGACCAUCAUGGAGCAUGUCAUGUGCAUCAGCAGUGGAGAAGAGAGCCAGUCUCCAAGCGGCUGCAGAGCAGUCAUCAUCUUCAUAGCCGUUCUGAGCUUCCUGGUCUUCAUGCCACUCAUGGUGGCAUCCAGCACCAUCUUGGUAGUGAAAAUCCGGAAGAGCACGUGGACUUCCCAUUCCUCCAAGCUGUACAUAGUCAUCAUCGCCACCAUCAUCAUCUUCCUCAUUUUUGCCAUGCCCAUGAGGCUCCUGUACCUGCUGUACUAUGAGUACUGGUCGACGUUUGGGAACCUACACCAUAUCUCCCUUCUCUUCUCCACGAUCAACAGCAGCACCAACCCUUUCAUUUACUUCUUCGUGGGCAGCAGUAAGAAGAAGCGGUUCAAGGAGUCCUUGAAAGUGGUUCUGACCAGGGCUUUCAAAGACGAAACGCCGCCGAGGCGUGAGGAAGACAACUGUAACACCAUCGCAGUGGAGACUGUCGUCUAAGGACCGCAGAGGGAAACUGUGGGUAAGGACGGUUGAACACAGACCGUUUUUACUUUGUGCUUGGAAUACAGCUAAAGAACCUCCCAGAUACGAUACAGAAGGACACCCCAUCCCAUGUGCAUGAGAGAUUAACUAACGCUGAGGUUGUGCUCUUGUACUGUAUCUUCUGGAAAUGCCUAAAUACAUGCCGGACCUCUGUCCCAUCUGUACUUAGCAAAAGCUAUUUCUGUGCUUCUCAGCUCUUCUGGCAGCAUUUUACCAUGGACCAUACAAACUACUCUAGUAGGAAGAUUCACAGAUGUGUGCAGGAAAAGGUAACAGAUGUAUUUGUCGGAACUUGGGGGGCAGCUCGAUGUAGUGAGAAGAGCAAGGGUUGCUGCCUGGGUGACAUCAGGCAAGGGGUUUAACCUCUCGAAGCCUCGUUCUUCACUUACAAAAUGUCACAGUCAUAGUCUCUGCCUCCCAGGCCCGUUGUGAAGAUGAAAUGAGAAGAUAAGGUUUGCAAAGCACCUGGCACAUUGUUGAUGUUCAAUGAACAUCAGUCUCUCCUCACUCCUUUGAGUGGCAGACAAAAAUGUAUAUCUGUGUUUUGUAAAGCACACACACACACAAACACACACACACACAGCUCUAUCGUGUGUAAAAUUUGGUAUGUGUUUUAAAAUGUUGAGUGUAAAUUUACAAAGGUCUUCUUUUUGCUUGCAGCAUGAAAGCUUUUCAUGGCAUAACACCUCUAUUGAAAACAUUGGCUGAUGUUAUAAUCUCACCGACCACGUGUUAGAGCAUCAUCUUGGGUUGUGAAGAAAAACAUUUGGCCAUCAAUAGAGGAGUGUCUCGUGGCUUCCCUUCCCUCUUUGGAAAUACUAGAUGGAAUGAGAGUCUGUGUUUUGAAAUCCUUUGAUUGCAUAUAAUGUUCAGGAAUGAAACUGAAUUCAGGAGCUCACCAGGGUGAUUGUGCUUUUGAAGACCCCUCCCAUCCCAUGAACCGGUGAGUUAUUUACAGCCACGAAUUUCCCACCUGCAGCCAGAUGCAGGUCUCUGCACCCCAUUCCUGCCCUCCUGUAGCAUUUCUUUGCAUCAUUCCCGGGAGGAGACUCAGUGGCAGGGGCUAAUAAGAAGGUGGCCACAUAUUGGGGGAAUCUGGACGUUUUCCCUCGUGACAGAUCUUUUCACGACUUCCUCAGCAUCUUUACUCGGCACCCGCCCAGGAUGGGCUCUGCCUCUCACCUGCUGCCAGCUGCCAUCCUCAGACUGCGUGCCCCAGGUUUUAGCUGUGACACCCAUCUUGGCCUAGAGACUACGUUGUUAUGUUUGUUUCCUUCUGCCCUGUCCAGGAUUUCCAUGAAAACAACAAUGUUUCAUGAGAUUCUAUGGGGAGUACAGUUUCAAGUCCAUAAAUGAGCCCAUUCGUAUUUAUUUUAGCUGUUUGUUCUCCAAAAGGAUCAGAGGAGCUACAAUGAAAUGGAUCUUGGUUGCUUCCUGUCCAUUCUCUGUCCUCUUCCUUUUUCAAAAGAAAGGCUUGACCUUCACUGGGAAAGACCAGUGAGUCCCUCCCACUGAGCACGGACCCCACUGCCAGCCGAGCUUGGAUGCAGGAGCUUUCGGUGGGUGAUGACAUCUGAUUCAGGAACAAGGCAGCUUGCUUGCAGGAGCCCAGAUGGGGCGUGGAGUGAUGACAUUUAGAAUGAUCUUGUUUUGGGUUGAAAACAGAGCCUCUUCGCCGGGAAAGAGCAGAAUAUGGAGCUUAGAGUGAGUCCUCUCUGUUUCCCGUCGUCUCCCUUGAUGCUGCUCGCGGGCCCUGGGUCAGCAAGAGGAUAAACCUCAUCUCAUCCCAUGUGGGAGCUUGGUCUCAGAGAGGAGCAUGAAGAUUACAAGAUAUAGAGAAUUUCCGCCUAAGGAAAAUAUGUUGAACUAAUGGGAAGCCCCCAUUUAUCGCUUUUCUGCAGAUAAAGUGGGAAAAUUGAGUGUGAUAAUAAAUACAAAAAUUCUUCCAACCUUUUAAAGCAACGCCUUAAAAAGGGUAGGAUUCAGAGGUUAGCUCUCUCUUCCCCUAAACCCAUUCCCAACGUGAACUAUAAGGUUAAAACUACAACAAGAAGAUGUAAGUAAAUUUGUAAAUAUGGAGAGAAGACUAAAUAAGUUAUACCCUUUGGGCAUUUAGAUAAUUUGGCUAAGUCAUUGUUGGUUACUGGGUGGCAUUUCUGAGAAUUCUCCGCAGAUGGGGAGGAGAUUGCUGGGAUAUAACGCCAACCCUAAAGAAGAAGAAGGGUUUAUAGCAUUCACACAAGUGGCCUUCUCUGCAAAACGCCAUAAUGUGGACAAGGCAAAGAUGGGUGAAUGGAAGGCCCCAUCCUCUGUAAUAGGAGAGAACGACACACACACAACUACAGCUCCAAGCUGCACACAACUUUGUGUCGGGAGUGUUUGGCACAAGGUUGUGUGGCAGUUAAGAAAAAGACAAAAUCACAUUUUUUUGCAGUAAAAAAAGAAUGUUUCAUGGAGGUGCCCUUUGGGUUGGUUGCUUGAAGGCAGGUAGGAUUUCACAGAUUAAGGAGGGACAGAGGGGACCCCAGGCAGAGGAUGGCUAUAAGGGUAGGCAAGGACCCAGCAACCUGAGGAAGCAAGUCCAGUCAUUGUCAUCUCUGCUGACUGGUAGGAGAAGUGGUCCCCGGGGACUCAGCCUGUGUGUGCGACCACCUCCCUCCUCCCUCCUCUCUUUGUUGUGAUUAUCUUUGACCUUCUAGCACCACAUUCUUCAAGUUCCUUGGAACCAGGCUCCGGGCUUUCUCUCCAGGCCAUGCUCACCGUCAUCCAGCGCUGCCCACGCCUGGCCCUUCCGAGUCUCGUCCCCGCAAGUCUGCCGCCGUCCCCCAACCCCUGUCUGAACUCAAGUGGCCUGCAGCCCUGCUCCUUUUUGAACUAUACUUUGGGUCUUAUUGCAACCUGAAAUCGAUCCUCUUGUUAAUAGAAAGACCAAACUCUGUCGAAUAUGUUAAAGAGAUUUAUUCUGAGCCAAAAGAUGAGUGGCUGCAGCCCAGAGAUACCCAAACCCAAGAAACCUAGAGUAAGUGGCCCCGAGGUUACAGUCAGGUUACAGUUUGGUUUUAUAUACUUCAGGGAGGCAGGAAUUGUAGGUUAAACCAUAAAUCACUACAUGGAGGGUGUACAUGAGUUUGGCCCAAAAAGGGGGAUAUCUUGAAGCAGGGGCUUACAAAUCAUGGGUGCAUUUAGAGAUUCUUUAAUUGGCAAUUGGUUGAGAGAGUUAAGCUUUGUCUACAAAUUUGGAGUCAGUAGGAAGAAAUGCUUAAGUUAAGAGGAGGGGGUCUGUUGUCUGUCAUGUGAUGCCAUGCCAGUUUCUUACAACAUGCUGAUUGUGUUCUGAAAAGAAGCCUGAGAAUGAGCUUUUCCAACAGGCCAAAAAUCAACUGUUGAGUUCUCAUUUGUUUAAAAUAAUUGGCAAGUGGUUGAAAUCACAGUAAAUUUUGGUAAAAACAAAAUAAAAAUAUAUUUUUUUCAUAAUUCUAAUUUCACUUUUUUUCCAGGAUUUUAUAUGAAAUUGUGGCUCUAAUAUUAACAAGAUUAUUUUUAACAAACUUUACUAAAACCAGUCAUCCCUGGAUAGCAAGAUCCUCUUACACUAAAUAUUUAAAAAUGUAUACAUAUGAGUGUUAAUACGACGAGUUGAAUUUCCAAAGCAGGUUCUAUGUGAAUUACAGAUCUUACCCAACACAAAACUAAUGAUUCAAAUGAUAAGAGGCACGUGCCAGGCACAAAUGAAACAUUCUUUUCUGGAGGAACCCAAAACUUUUAAUUGUUUCUAUCUCUUUGUCAAUUUUUCAUUUCAUUUCUGAAUUUUCCAAAUUUCAUUUAGUUUUCUAUCUGUAUAUUCUUGUGAUUCCCUGAAAAAUUUUAAGAAGAUUAUUCUGAUUCUCUGUCUGACAUUUCAUAGAUCUUUAAUUCUUCUGGGUCCAUUGCUAGAAUUUUGUUGUUUUCUUUUGGUGGUGUCAAAUUUCCCUGAGUUUUCAUAAUCCUUGAAUCUUUAUGUUGAUGCCAGUGCAUUUGAGAAGACAGCCAUCUCUUCUAGUUUUUGCAGGUGUUCUUUGGUGGUGUCAGAGUGUUACUGGUUAGUAUCAGAACUUAAACACUGCUCUGUUGUUGCUUUCCAUUCUGGGAAGGACUUAUAGUGAGCGCCAGAACCAAAACGCUGUGCUGAAACUAAUUUGUUGUCCUGCCAUUGUUUCCUGGUCUGGGGAAGACUUACAGUGAGCACUGGAACUUAAACAUUGCCCUGGAACUAUAUUGCAGCCCUGCCAUUGUUUCCCUUUCUGGGGAAGAAUUAAGUGGGCAUCAGAACUCAAUCCUGACCUUCUAGUUGUUUUUGGGCCAAGAGGAAGGCUUGUUGAGCAUCUGGGCUUUGUGGGAAAUGCAGCCAGGCAUUUGGACCUUCCUGAGAACUGUGCCCCUUGCAGUGCUCAGGUGCCAGCCAGUCUCUUCAACAUGGCACCCCUGCCAAUCAGAGAACAAAGCAGCCACCAAGGUCUGUGCACCACUUGCUGGAACCAGUGCUCCAUUCUUUGUCCCAAAUUCACCUCAGGUGGUUCAGUGCCUCCUGGCACUCCCAGUGGUUCCUGUGGGACGGACCAGAGUGGGCUUCCCAUGGAGAUUCCCAGGCCAAUGAGGAGGUUGAGUGUUCGCCUGCAGUUCUCUCCUCUCACUCCGAAAACCAUGGGUCUGGGGAAAUUCUCUGUGAGUGGCGUCAUGCCAGCUUGAGGGUGGGCUGAAGCCUAAGAUGACCAGUUCUGUUACUGGCUGUGGCUUCUCUUGAUUCCGUGGGCCCAGGGGGUGUUUCUCCACUUUCCCCGAAGUGCUGGUGAAUUCAGGGUGGUAUUCUUGUCUCUGAAUCCUUUCUAGCUGUAGUUUUGUGGAGGUAGUGAUUCCAGAGAGUCUUCUAUUCUGCCAUCCUGCUGAUGUCCCCCAAAUUUUAAGAUUCAUCCCCCCAAAAUAUCCCAUUCUCCUACAUUGGAACAUAUUUUAGUUUCAGAUUGACUGAUGAGUUUUGAACAAUGUAUAUAGAUAUGUUAUUCUCAAAGGAGGCUGGUUAAGUCUGGCGGCGCCUCUGUUUGUACUCUGUUAAAAUUACACAGGCGGAAAAUGCUCAUGUGACUACCUGCCCCCCUUCUCCUGCCUUCCAUGCCCCGUAAAUUGAUAAAACCCAAACGUAUAUGCAAUAAACAAUCUCGACAGAUCAGGUGUAUUCUACUGGAAACAGGACUAGUUCUCUGAAUGUGUCAUUUUUACAAAGCAGUCUGACAGAGCCCUUCAGCAUCUGUGCAAGGAGCCUGGGUUGAGGUUACGCACGGGAGAAGGGAGUCCUCAGGGAAGGAGUGAGUUGCAGGUUUGAUGCUAACAGCUCCUGGAGGUACCUUCAGCCAACACCAGGCUGUCAAUGUCUGAGGCAGGAAUCUUGCUGGGGGAGAGGGAAGAACCCAUACUCGGUGAGGAGGACUAGCAGCCUGGCUAUCUGCUCAGGAACUGUUCAGGAGCCAACAGGUUAAUCUCUGUGACCCUUGGUUACCAUCUCUGUAUAACUGGUGACUUAGCUGGAGCUCCAACCAAAGCAGAUCCCAAAACAAGGAUUUGGUGCAAGUAAUUUAUUUAGCUGCCAUCCUGAGAAACCAGGAGAGAGUAGGAAAUUUGGUGGGCAGGAAAAGGAGAAAGUCAACAAAGGGUGAGUUAAGGAGCAUAGGGGCCCAGGACAGUGAGGACCCACCUCAGAGCUGUCCUCCUGGAGGGGUGAGGGAGCUACGGUGCUGACGCCCCACCACUUGCCUGUCCCCUACUGUGGAGGGUCACCUGCCUGGCUUCAACUCCCAGCUCUCCCAGGACUGUCCUGUGCUCAGGCUGAGCAUGGCCCGUGGUGGAGAAUACCUUGAGGCAGAGAGACACAGGGGCUGUGGGUAGACACAGCAUCUACCCACCUGCAGGUGACCUUGGGGCUGGCUUCAUGGCUGACCAACAGCAUCUGUGACAAGGAGGAAAAAAUAACCUACCCCACAGAGUAGCUGCACUGAGUAAGUGAAAUAAUGCCCGUGGACACCCUGUGUGAACCAUAAACCAUCAAUCAAAUGUUAGUUAUUG